AUGAUUCUGUUACAGUCUGAAUGGGAAGACGAUUCGCAUCUGCAGGAAUCGUCGAGGCUCCCGAGCUAUUACGAUGCGGUAGCGUCUCGUCUCUUUGUUCAACAGCCUGCAUUUGCCGCGAGCUCUCCGGAUCUCAGUGCGCAUCAGCGCCGUACCUCCAGCGAUUUUCCCCCUACUCAAGUCGCCGGGAGCAGCAGUGGGCCUCCCGCGAACCCGUCCUCGCCCUUGCCGAGACACUUCAACCCAGUUGUGUAUACAUUCGCACAGAACUCCUUCAACUCGAUGAUGCUGUCUGCGGAUCCACAGCAGUCCCCACUCUGCUACCACGUAUCGGUGCAGAUGAACUGCUUCAUCCCAUCGUCAUACAUCACUACGGUGCGUAGAGGUAACUCGGAAGAUGGGGAGAUGGUAGGAUCGUUCGAGAUGGGGAUCUCGCAGAAGAGGAGCACCGUUACAAUUGACAACACGGAGAAGCUCGCCGGUAUUGUGCUGAGCAAGACAGGCGGGAAGUCGAAGCACAUAUGGCAAUGGCGAUGGCACACCAACUCACGCCUACAUCUCAGCUGGCUCUGCGAUAGCCCUGUCAGAUACUGCUACCUAAGUCACCACGUAGGCACAUCGAAGGCGGUCCUCCUCGCAUCCUUCACACCCCACUCGUUAACGCCGCGCGCGGACGGCCAUCCAUCGCCACCCGCCACAUUGAAGGUCUUCCCAGAGGGCCAGCGGUACGCUGACCAUAUCGUGAUGUCUGCGCUCAUACUAGAACGGAAACGGCUCACACCGGAUGGAGAUAAGGCGUUGAGGUCAUUGUUCAACUAA